UUGUGGAACCACUCACAUUGCCAGUUCACCAGAGCCCCACAUAAACUAACUCGUUAUAUCAAGCUCCAAAACCUCACUAGCAAACCAAAAUUUUCAUCAUCGCAAAGUUUAUACACCAUGAGGACAACCAGUUUCCUACUCAUUGUUGUUGUUGUGAUCGUGUAUGCCAUCGGUGUACCAGCCACGGGCUGUGGUGAAUCGAUGGGAACCCGAUUGUGGAACACGACAGGAGCUAAUGGAUGGGAACCAAUCAAGAACAUAAAUGACAAACACAUCCAGGAGCUUGGCAAUUGGGCGGUGUUGGAAUUCAGCAAGCGUGUGAACUGCCUGGUCAAGUUCAACAAGGUGGUGAGUGGCAGACAACAACUCAUGUCUGGCAUGAACUAUGAGCUCAUCAUUGAUGUGACACACUUUGAGGGGAAAGAUGGAAAAUACAAGGCAGAGUUGCAUGAGCAGGAGUUGACCAAGAAACGCCAACUUCUCUCCUUCAUGAAGGUGAACUAAGCGGGAGGAGGAAACUUUGUUAACAAUAAUUGUGUUCUUGGAAUUAUGUUAGCUCAAUUGUUUGUCCAAUAAUAAAUUAUCAUCUCGCAUUGCCAUGUGUUUUUAAGGA